GCUAAAUGAAAACCUUUGACAAUGCAAUUAAACCCACCUAAAAACCAGUUUGCUUCUCAGCCCAAGGAUCACUCCACAAAUACAAAUCUAUUAACAAAGAAUCCACCUCCACCACCUAAUGUGAAGAGAUAUUCUCAACAGUUUAGACUGGCACUAAUAGACACCUGGAGGAUCCAGACAUCAUUUAACAAUCAUUUAUGCCUGAAUCAAUUACAAUGACUUUAAAUUCACAUGAAAUCUAAGAAUUACCCAUUGUUUAAGACAAUGAUCCACAACCUCAAUCCAUCUUCAAGUACUUAUAAAAAGAUGACUAAUCCUAAAAAUUAUCGACCAACACUAAUAGUUAACAUAGCAACACUUCCAAAUAAACCCCAGAAACUACAAAUCCCUAAUUUAAUAGAAAUUAGAGUCAUAAACCAAAUCAACCAAGCCAAAAUCAUUAUUAACCCAAUAAAAAGAAAGAUGUAUCUCCCUAGAGAAGCACAUCUCCUUAUAGGAAAUUUCAAUAAAGACCAUAGCAAAAUUAGGUUAAUACUCAACAAAGAACAAAAUCCCCUCUGGUUAAGAAUGCAGUUGCUUAAAAACUUACUCCAAGAACUAAUCAACGAACCACACCCUCGACUUCCCCAUUUCGAUAAGCUAAAGAGAAUAAUGUAUCAACCAUCAAUUAGAGAAACUUAAGGACCGAUAAAUCAUAAACUAAAUUGAUCUAAGUGAAGGUUAAGGAAACUCAUAAUUAAAAUUAAUCCCAUGUAAUUGUUGAUCUAAGCAAAUGUCCUACUUAAAGAGUCCUCAUCAAAUAAGGUACUUCAUAUUAAAUAGCAUUAGAUUCUAAUCGACCAAAAAUGAGGGUUGAGUUAAGUCUAAAGAGUUUAAUUUAAAAUGGAAUAUGAAUCUGAC